AUGUCUAACCCUCCUAGUGUACCAGAUGGCAAUCAAAACACCCCAAACGGUAAUCGUAGAAGAAAUGAACAGUCGUCACCAAUAGCAAAUGGUUCAGAUACGCCACCUCAAUCUUCACCUGCUCUUUUUUACAAUUCCUCAUCAUCGCAGAGAGAUUCUGAUACUUUUGGAAGAGAUAGUGGUCACAGACCCAAUCGUGCUGUAGGAGCAGGAAUCGGUUCUUCUCCGUUCAAUUAUCCAUCUUCUUCACAGAACAGUAACCAACAAGGAUCUGAUAGUUUUGGAACUCAAAGAAGAACAACUGGUAACGUACUGUCCUCUCAAAAUACGCCAGGUUAUCCUUAUAUGGACCAUAGAAGUGAUGCUUCAUUAAAUCCUGCAUCAUCGUUGGGUGGCAGUGGUCAUCGUGUGAUGAUGAGAAGAAACGAUAUUCAUGCUUCUGAUUUAUCUUCUCCAAGAAGAAUUGUAGAUUUUGAUUCCCAUUCAAAUAGUAUUACAUCCUCUUCCUCUUCUAGAAUAUCUUCUGAGGCAAACGAACCUUUAAGAAUUAUUUGGGGUACAAAUGUUAGUAUUCAAGAAUGUGCUACGAAUUUUAGAAAUUUCUUAAUGUCUUUUCAAUAUAAAUUCCGUAAAGUUUUAGAUGGCCAAGAUUCAUUCAUUAACACAACUACAGAUGAAGAAUUAUAUUUUGUUAAGCAAUUAAAUGAAAUGCGAGAAUUAGGGACGUCAAAUUUAAAUCUUGAUGUUAGAAAUUUAUUAGCUUUUAAACAAACUGAAGAAUUAUACUAUCAACUAUUAAACUAUCCUCAGGAAGUCAUUUCUAUCAUGGAUCAAACCAUAAAGGACUGUAUGGUAUCAUUAGUUGUCGAUGCUAACUUGGAUUAUAAUUUGGAUGAGAUUGAAUCUAAAUUUUACAAAGUUAGACCAUAUAAUAUCGGUACUCAAAAAGGUAUGCGUGAACUAAAUCCAAACGAUAUUGAUAAAUUAGUAAGUUUAAAAGGUUUAAUCUUAAGGGCCACUCCUGUAAUUCCGGACAUGAAAGUUGCAUUUUUCAAAUGUAAUGUCUGUGAUCAUACAAUGGCAGUAGAAAUUGACAGAGGUGUCAUCCAAGAACCUGCUAGGUGUGAGCGUAUAGAUUGUAAUGAAGCCAAUUCAUUGUCAUUAAUUCAUAACAGAUGCUCCUUUGCCGAUAAGCAAGUCAUUAAAUUACAAGAAACCCCAGACUUAGUUCCAGAUGGUCAGACUCCACAUUCUAUUUCCUUGUGUGUCUAUGAUGAAUUAGUCGAUUCCUGUCGUGCAGGUGAUAGAAUCGAAGUAAGUGGUACAUUUAGAUCAGUCCCAGUUAGAGUUAACCAAAGACAAAGAGCUUUGAAAUCUUUAUACAAAACUUACAUCGAUGUUGUGCAUAUUAAAAAAGUUUCUGAUAAAAGAAUGGGUGUAGAUACAUCUACAAUUGAACAAGAAUUAUUACAAAAUAAAAUAGAUAAUAAUGAAGUUCAAGAAGUCAGACCAGUUUCUGACGAAGAUAUUAGAAAAAUUAAAGAACUUUCUGAACAAGAUGAUAUUUACGAAAUUCUAUCUCGCUCAAUUGCUCCAAGUAUUUAUGAAUUAGAAGAUGUUAAAAAGGGUAUUUUAUUACAAUUAUUUGGCGGUGCUAACAAAACUUUCACAAAAGGUGGUCGUUAUAGAGGUGAUAUUAAUAUUCUUUUAUGUGGUGAUCCAUCUACCUCAAAAUCACAGAUAUUGCAGUAUGUUCAUAAGAUUGCUCCUCGUGGUGUUUACACAUCUGGUAAAGGUUCUUCUGCCGUUGGUUUAACAGCAUAUAUUACAAGAGAUGUUGACACUAAACAGUUAGUUUUAGAAAGUGGUGCUUUAGUCCUUUCUGAUGGUGGUGUUUGCUGUAUUGAUGAAUUCGACAAGAUGAGUGACGCCACCAGAUCUGUGUUGCAUGAAGUUAUGGAACAACAGACUAUAUCUAUUGCAAAAGCUGGCAUCAUUACUACAUUAAAUGCAAGAACAUCUGUUCUGGCAAGUGCUAAUCCAAUAGGUUCCCGUUAUAAUCCAAAUCUACCAGUUACAGAAAAUAUAGACUUACCACCCCCAUUAUUAUCAAGAUUUGAUUUGGUCUACUUGGUCUUAGAUAAGGUCGAUGAAGGUACUGAUAGACAGUUAGCAAAACAUUUAACGAGUUUAUAUUUGGAAGAUAGACCUGAAAAUGUAUCAAAGGGCAAUAUAUUACCUGUCGAACUUUUAACAACAUAUAUCAAUUAUGCUAAGCAACACAUCCAUCCUGUGAUUUCUGAAGAAGCUAAAUCUGAACUAGUAAGAUCUUAUGUCAACAUGAGAAAAUUAGGUGACGACUCUAGAUCGGAUGAGAAACGUAUCACUGCCACCACAAGACAAUUGGAGAGUAUGAUUCGUUUAGCGGAAGCACACGCUAAGAUGAGAUUAUCUGAGACGGUUACUUUAGAUGACGUCCAAGAAGCCGUCAGAUUAAUUAAAAGUGCCAUUAAGGAUUAUGCAACGGAUCCAAAGACCGGUAAGAUUGAUAUGAAUUUGGUCCAAACUGGUAAGUCUGUCAUCCAAAGAAAGCUACAAGAAGAUUUAGGAAGAGAAAUCAUUAAUAUUCUUACUGAAAACCCAUCUGACUCGAUGACCUUCAAUAAUCUGAUCAAACAAUUGAACGAACAAUCUCAAGACAGAGUAGAUUCAAGUGAUAUCUCAGAAGCAUUAUCAAGACUACAACAAGAAGAUAAGCUUAUCAUUCUAGGUGAAGGUGUCAGAAGGUCAAUCCGUUUGAAUCACAGAGUAUGA